AUGUCCGCCUCGAUCCCACCGGCAGACGGCCAGCUGCCGCUAGCCGCGCCGCAGCCGCUGCCGCCCGGCCGCCGGAGAAAGCGCCUCAAGGUGGACGUUGCGUGCGAUCGCUGCAGGAGUCGCAAGGUCAAGUGCGACGGUGCCCGCCCAGCGUGUGGUAACUGUUCACGCAAGCUGGACCUUGGCGACAAGUGUCACUACGGCGCCAGCUCAAUCAUCUCUCCCAACACCAGUGGCAAUGCGCCAUCGCAGCCAGGCCACGACAAGGAGAGGCUCAACAGGAACGCCAGGCCGUCCGUAUCCGCCGCUCCCGCGCCGCCGCCCGUACCAUGGCAGCAACCGCGCGCUGGAAUCCACCCUACCCAUCGGCCCAUCGCCGCGAGGCCGGCGUCGACCAGCUCCGGCCUUUCUCAGUCGCGGUCGUCGCCGCGAGAUGUCAGGACCACGCACACCGUCGACUCCAUGACCGCGGUCGGCGACGAGACCACGACGGAGUUCUUUGGCAGCAGCAGCGCGGGCUCCUUCACCGCCCAGAUCAAGGCCGCCGUUGACUCCCGCCUCGGCCACUCGCCCAACAGCCUUCCUGUCGGGACCCACGGGACGGGAAACGCGCAGGCGCCGCGGCUGGCGUCCAGACGCCGCAACAACCCGAAGAGCGUUCUCUUGCCUACGCGUAGGCUUGCGGACGAGCUGAUGCGCACGUACUGGCUGUACAUUGACCCGCUGUACCCGUUCCUCAACAGGGGAGAGUGGCAGGACCGCUACAAUCGCUUGUUCGCUGGGCAGGCUCUCGACACGGACGAGGCUGUCUUCAUGGCGUCUCUGAACAUUGUCUUUGCGCUGUCGACUCAGCUGCACGAAGGCCAGGACGCUGCCGUCCGCAACGACACCAGCCAAGACUACUUUCAGCGUGCCCAGGACCUCGUCGACGUCACCAUAUGGGAUUCUGGCAGCCUUGAAGUGGUCCAGUAUUUGUUGAUUACCAGCCAAUACCUGCAGUCCACCAACUCUCCGCAUCAAACCUGGAUGGUGGUUGGGCUCGUGGUGAGGACAGCCCAGAGUCUCGGACUGCACUUGCCAGAGACUUCGGCUGCUAAAUCGUCCGCGAGCGAGAAAGAACUCUACCGCAAGUUAUGGCAUGGGUGUGUUUUAAUGGACAGAAUGGUUGCGCUCACCCAUGGACGCCCAGCGAUGAUAUCAGCAGAGCUCGCCAGCUGUGUUCCGCUACCAACUAUUGCGGAGGAGACUACGCAGAUACCCGAUGACUCGACGGACGUUGCAUUCUUUGUCAAAUCUGUCGAGCUGUACGAGAUCACGCAACAGCUGGUAGAGAGGUUAUAUUCCACCCCCACUGGACGGACACAACGGAUGAAGCCGAGUCAAAGAGCUGUCAGCGACUUGGCAAAUAUUGUUCAGAUCGACGGCGACAUGUCAGAAUGGGAGAACAGUCUUCCCAAACAGCUGCAGCAGCAUACCCUAGGAACAAUCGCGGCACGACCUAGCAUUAUUCUUCGACUUCGCUUCCUGCACGCGAGAAUCCUGCUACUCCGGCCCAUUCUCAGCCUGGUAUGCUUGCCGCACGCGACGACAGAAUCAGACACGGAGCGGCUUUCAAAUCGCCUGCACAAGCAGUGCGCCCUCGAAUGCGUCGCCACGGCGAGGGCAACCAUCCGGAUAUUCUUCGACCACCAAGUCUCCGACGGCACUGUCGGCCUGCUGCCCGCGUGGUGGUACCGCUUGUACUAUCUCUUCUCGGCCUCGACGGUGCUGAUCGCCGCCAAGCUGCGGCCCGACGUCUUCCCCGCCGACGACAUCAACGAGUCCUGGGAGCAGGCGAUUCACGUCUUCGAGACGCUGCAGCACGUCAGCCAGUCGGCGCAAAAAUGUGUCACCGCGCUGCGCAUCUUGUCGACCAAGAUCUUGUCGACCAUCUUUGGCGCGCCGCAGCCCGACCCGGGAACGCAGGACCAGUCAGCAAUGGAGCAUCCAAGAAUGAACUACGACUUUCCGUCAAAUGCCAACAUUCAAAAGAGCAUCGACGGAUUUGAUUUUAAUCUUAAUUUCGAAGAUAUCAAUUUUGAUGUGGAAACGGAAAACUACGCGUGGCUGAACGAAGUGACCUCUUGGAACUUUUUAAGCGGAUGA